AUGUCAGAAAAGAAGACAAUUGCUCUGGCCGGUGUUGGCAAUUGUGGAAUGUAUUUCUGCGAAGAGCUGUCUUUGGAUAAUCGCUAUGAUGUUGUCGUCCUCACCAGACAGAAAAACAAGUCAUUCAAUAAUCCCAAGGUCAACACUCAGGUCACUGAUUACAGUGAAGACUCUGUGCUUUCGAUUCUCAAUGCAACCGGAUCCAGCGCGCUGAUUUCCCUCGUUCGAUGCCCGGAGGAACAAUAUAUCAGUCUUCAUCAAGGGUUCCUCAAUGCAUGCAUUCGUUCGAUCAAGUGCAAACGGUUUAUUCCGUCCGAGUGGGCUGGAAAUAUCGAGGAUUUCCCAGAUCUACCCGGCGAAUAUGGCAAGACAAGGGCUCCAUUCCGUACCAUCUUGCAGCAAUCUCAUGGGAUUGAGUGGACCCUGUUCUGCCAUGGCUGGUUCAUGGAAUACUUCAUUCCAGAAGACAAGUCGUAUAUGACCCAUCUCCCGGGAGAAUUUCCCAUAGACUUGAAAUCCUGGAGCUACUGUGUUCGCGGAACUGGCGAGGAGCCGCAAACGUGGACCUGUGGGCGUGAUGUUGCAAAGGCAGUGGCAGAACUACUUGCAGCCCCUCAAUGGGAGCCAGUAACUUACAUUGCUGGAGAACGGGGUACUUUUAACAAGGCAGCCAAGCAAAUGGAAGAAUUUUACGGCCGGCCUUUCUCCCGGACUUAUCGAUCUAUCAACGACAUCAAAGAGUCGCUGAAACAGCAUCGGGAUGAUGGAGAUAGCUUACAAUUGGGACUGGCCGAAGCAGAAGAAUGGACGGUCAGUGGAGCUACUGCGUGUCCGGAAGACAAGACUCGUCGCCAGCUUGUCAAAUAUUUCAGUAAAAUCAAGUUUUCGACCUUGGAGGAGCUGUUGAUACAAGCUGAGGCAGUAGACAAAAUCUGA